AUGUUCAACAUACUUAAUACACAACGGGUGAGAAAUUUGAAAUCAACUUCGAAACUCCAGUGCAUCUUUGUCCUCUGUGGUCGAGCAAAUCCUAAAAGCGGGCUGAUAGCAGCAAUGCCGCAUGCAGUGAUGGGCAUCGUUGUACUUGUCGGUGGCCAAAUCGCCGAUUACUUACGCUCUCAUAAAAUCCUCAGCACAACGGCUGUCCGAAAGCUCUUCAACUGCGGCGGUAAGCGAAUAAUAAAAAUGCUGUCCUAA